AUGUCUUUCAAACAGGCCUUACUUGUGUUGUUUCUUAUCUGGGAGGUCUCAGGACAAAACGUUACCUGCCCAGACAGGUUUGGAUGUCCCAAAGGCCCUCUGUCGUGUCUCAGUUACCACAGCCGUGACAAUAUUUAUUCCAUCCCUUCUCCACUGGCGCCAAGUCUGACAAGAAUACAAAUAAGGUAUCAAAACAUCACAAGCAUUAAGGUUGGAGAUUUCCCCCUUCUGAAGUCUCUGGGUAGCAUGCGUAUACAGGACUCUAGGGUUGCCAGUAUUCAGUCAGAAUCAUUCGCAACUUUGCCUUGUCUCAUGGAACUAGACCUUACUGGUAACAACAUCAGGAAACUGGAGCCAGAUACUUUUAAGGCACUGCAUAAUCUGAGGAUUAUGCAAUUGAGUAGAAAUAGGAUACAUUCUGUUGACCAGACAGCUUUUGCUGGGCUACCAAAACUGAAAACGUUGGGUUUGAACAACAACUGUCUUUUUAGCAUUCCACGAAGCAUUGCGCUGCUGAAAUCACUUAGACAUUUGAGUUUUCUGAACAAUAUCAAAACAUCCCCAAUACGCGUAGAAGAACUGUCAAGUUUACCUGUAUCGGACUUGGCUAUUAUAAACAAGAUAGGAUGUGACUGUAGGGAACGAGCAGUUAAGAGAUGGCUACUUGGCAGUCCACAUACACUGAUGUGGCGUGUGGUAUGUAUUGAUGAGGCCACUAGACAGACAAUGAGGCUCAAAGAUAUUCCACGGAGAGACCUGACAUGCCCAGCUCUCAGAGUGUCUGUAACACUAGAAAAUCGAGGAGAGAACGGCAUAGAGGCCAUCUGUCAGACAAACUGCGAAGACGCCCUCACCUUCUCGUGGAUUCUACCGAACGGUGAGCACAGCUCUUCAAGUUACGAGUACUCGACAAACUCCACUCACAUCAGGACGCGUAGACCAGUGUCUGAAGAAAAUGACAGACAGGGUGUCAGGAUGGAAACGCACUACGAAAACGACGACCAGUUUCCAGAGACGAAUCCGGAUAGGCACUACGAAAACGACGACCGCUUUCCGGAGACAAAUGGAGAGUGUCAGAAGACCACAGAGGAGCAGCAAGACGUACCCAAGGAAUGUGACGUCAUGGAUUCUUGUGACACAAAAGGAGAUGACGUAUCAGGCCAAGGCUAG